AUGAAGUAUCAUGAGAAGCCGCAGGAUAGGCCUGAUCUUUUAGCUAGAGUUUUUAGAGCUAAGUUUGAAAUGCUUAAACACGAACUCUUGAAUAGGCAGAUUUUUGGUGAGGUGGCAGCAUGCGCCUAUGUUAUUGAGUUUCAAAAACGGGGAUUUCCACAUGCUCAUUUGUUACCCAUUUUGAAGCCUCAAUUUAAGCUGCUCAAUCCAGAUUCAUACGACAAGGUAGUCUGCGCUGAAUUACCUGAUUGCCUUCAGUAUCCUCACCUCUACUCUCUUGUUGUAAAGCAUAUGAUCCAUGGUCCUUGUGGAGACAUGGAUAAAAGUUGCCCCUGUAUGAAAGAUGGUUCCUGCAAGAAUCACUAUCCAAAAAUUUUUUGCCCUCAUACAACCCAUGGUGAAGAUAGUUACCCAUAUUAUAGAAGAAAGGAUGAUGGCAAGAAAGCGAAAGUUCGCAGAUUCACCCUUGACAAUAGGUGGGUUGUGCCUUACAACCCUUAUCUUCUUGCUUUGUUCGAUUGCCACAUGAAUGUGGAGAUUUGUUCUACCAUUAAACUGGUCAAGUACCUGUAUAAGUAUGUGUUCAAGGGACAUGAUCUGGUCUCUUUUAGGAUUAUGACGGAUGAUAGUGCUACUGAUACUGACGAGAUUAAAGAGUUCCAAAAAGGUAGAUACAUUUCACCUCAGGAAGCGUUUUGGCGCAUCUAUGAGUUCCGUUUAUACUCUCCAAGUUCACCUUCCAAAUCAGCAGCUUGUUUCUUUUCCGAAAAAACUCAGAUUUGCUGCUGUUGUUAG